UGUUGUGUACGUUUUCAUCGGGGCAUCCGAGUAUCCCACUUGCUAGCUCGGCCAGACUACAGCUUACGGCUAAAAUAUUCCUUCCACACCCAAAGAGCAUUGGUAACCUCCCGAACAGGCCCGCGGUUCCACGAUGGACGUAGUUUUGGUUGAUUUGUGUUGUGUUGUCGGUCUGUCCGCGGACACCAGCUCGGCUAGUUAGCACAGCUAGCUAACUGGCUGACUACAAAGUGACUGGUGCGGCUCUUGUCUGGUUAGGUGACGGAGGAAAAUAGAUCAGAGGAGGAAAUCUUAAACUUUAUAUCUAAAAUACAAAGGGGACACAACAGGAGCUUGAAUGACCGGGAGGUUAUAAGAGCUGGACUUUUGGCGAUUAAUCUGCUGUGGACUGUAGAUUAAGUAAACGACAUGAGGACCGGGGUCGUAAACAAAUAAGACAAGGGAAGGUAACACGGCGCUGCUCGCUUUGUUGGUUUGAACAACUGGUCUAAAGGAUGAUGCGGUAUCUUGAAUGCUGCUACGUUUUAAUCUCCCCGAUCACUGUAUCUGACAAACGCUGACAAUACGGUCACUGCCAUUUGUCAUACUCCGAUCACUGGGUUCAUGCCACUAAACGGGUUUGCUCGGUUACGUGAUGUUGUUCUUUAUCAUUGCAACGUGUCACACACCGUGUCCCGUGUCGGGAUAGGUCCGGGUCAGAGCGUGGAAGAGUAAACAGGUGUGACAGAGCAACCUGCUGGGAGUAGGACUGGGAGCAACCUCGCACUUCGAGAUAAGGGCAACAUCAGUGAUACUUAAUUAUCUGGUCACUUUAAAUAACAUUCCUGCAAAAAGGGAUUUCCUAAGUUGCGUGUGUGGGUGCACAGAUUGUGCCACGGAGCUCCACUGAUGUAUACAAACGCUCAUCAGCCACAGUCCUGUUGUAGGUGACAGCAGAGAGAGAGACACAGAUGGAGAGUGAGAGGCAAGAUUUGUUCUUUAGUAAAAAAACUAGGAUUUAUUUCAGAUGCUGUCUAUUAACACUGAAGAUGAUGUAUAACUCAAAAGGGAAGCAGUAGGUUUACGGUUCCUCUGUGUCUUCGUUAUUUGGUGCUGUUUGGUUAGGGCCGUGGUAAUGACUAGAUAUUUGCUCAGUGACUGACUAACUGAGAGCCAAGCUGCUGUUGAGUGCUGUGGUCUUUGCCCAUCCACCACGAUGGCGCCUGUUCUGUUCCUCCUGAUGCUGAGUGGAGCGUUGUGCAGCCUCGGACAGGCCAUGUCCCGAGAGGAGAAGCUCAGGCUGAGGAAUCAAGUGGUUGAGAUGUUUGACCAUGCAUAUCAGAAUUACAUGGACCACGCCUACCCAGCAGAUGAGCUGAUGCCUCUGACGUGUAGAGGAAGAGUACGAGGGCUUGAGCCCAGUCGAGGUGACGUAGACGACGCUCUGGGAAAGUUCUCUCUGACCCUCAUAGAUACUCUGGAUACUCUGGUGCUUCUAAAUAAGACGAUCGAGUUCGAGGUUGCAGUGAGGAGAGUCUUAAAAGAUGUGAGGCUGGAUAACGACAUAGUGGUGUCGGUUUUUGAAACCAACAUUCGAGUCCUCGGUGGUCUAUUAGGAGGACACUCCAUGGCUGUGAUGCUGAAGGAGGGCGGUCAGCACAUGCAGUGGUACCAGGAUGAGCUCUUACAUAUGGCCAAAGACAUUGGUCUCCGGCUGCUGCCGGCGUUCAACACCACCAGUGGCCUGCCUUACCCCCGGGUAAACUUGAAAUUUGGUGUCAGUGGUCCUUUGUCGAGAACGGGCACAGAAACGGACACUUGCACCGCGUGUGCAGGAACCAUGAUCCUGGAGUUUGCUGCCUUAAGUCGCUUCACUGGGGAUCCUGUCUUUGAGGCCCAUGCCAGGAGAGCUAUGGACUUUCUGUGGGAGAAGAGACAGAGGAACAGCAAUCUGGUGGGAACCACCAUCAACAUCCAUUCUGGAGAGUGGGUCCGAAGAGACAGUGGAGUCGGAGCAGGAAUUGACUCAUACUAUGAAUACCUACUGAAGGCCUACAUCCUCCUGGGAGAUGACAGUUUUCUGCAGCGGUUCAAUAUCCACUAUGCAUCCAUAAUGAAGUACAUCAGCCAGCCUCCUCUGCUGCUGGACGUCCAUAUUCACAAACCUCUGCUUCCCGCUCGCACCUGGAUGGACUCUCUGCUCGCCUUCUUCCCUGGACUGCAGGUGUUGAAAGGAGACAUCCGUCCUGCUAUCGAGACCCACGAGAUGUUGUACCAAGUUACCAAGAAGCACAACUUCCUCCCAGAGGCCUUCACUACUGAUUUCAGGGUACACUGGGCCCAACAUCCCCUGAGGCCUGAGUUUGCAGAGAGCACCUAUUUUCUUUACAAGGCCACAGGAGACCCCUACUACCUGGAGGCCGGUCGCACCAUCCUGGACAACCUCAAUCGCUUCGCCCGUGUUCCCUGCGGCUUCGCUGCCAUGAAGGACGUGCGCACUGGAAGCCACGAGGACCGAAUGGACUCGUUCUUCCUCGCUGAGAUGUUCAAGUACCUGUUCCUCCUGUUUGCUGAAGUGGAGGACAUACCCUUUGACGUGGAGGACUACAUCUUUACAACUGAGGCCCACCUGCUUCCUCUGUCUCUCUCUGCCGCCCCUCACUCUUACUCUACCUCCUCAAACAGAACGUCACAGGAGGAGCUGGAUGAUACUAACUUUGAUUGGACUUGCCCGAACACCCGCCUCUUGUUUCCUGACCCCGCCUACCCUCGUAACCUGAGAGAACCAAUCCGUACUGCUGUGGACAAGAGCUGCCCCCGUCCUGCUCCUUACCGGGAGCCUGGUAUGGGUCGUCCUCCCUUGAGGGCUCAGGACUUCAUGGCAAACAACCCUGAACACCUGGAGUUGCUGAGGCGGAUGGGCGUCAGUCUCAUCCACCUGAAAGAUGGCAGGGUUCAACUGGUCCAACACGCUACACAGGCAGUGAGCGCAGUAGCGGCAGAGGACGGCGUGCGCUUCAUGCAGGAAAUGAUGGAGCUGUCCAGCCAGCAGCAGAAAGAGCAGCUGCCUCCCAGAGCCAUUCAGAUCGUCUCACAUCCGUUCCUUGGCAGGGUCGUGCUGACCGCCGGCCCAGCGCAGUUUGGCACAGACCUGUCCAAAAGUUCCACAGGGGUGCGAGGCUUUGUGACUGUGGCUGAACCCUACAGCGGCUGCACCGAGAUCACAAACGCUGAGUACGUCCAGGGCCACAUCGCUAUCCUCCAGAGGGGUCAGUGCAUGUUUGCAGAGAAGGCCCGACACAUCCAGAAGGCCGGCGCCAUCGGAGGCAUAGUCGUCGACGACAACGAGGGCAGCAGCAGUGACACGGCUCCCCUGUUUCAGAUGGCCGGGGACGGCCGCAAUACAGAGGACGUCACGAUGCCUCUCCUCUUCCUCUUCCACAAGGAGGGCAACAUCCUGUUGGAGGCGCUGAAGGAGUACCGGGAGGUGGAAGUGCUGCUGAGCGACAAAGCCAGAGACCGAGCAGCCAUAUUUAAAAGUAAACCUGGUCCUGGCAGUGUUGUUGAGGGCAGUGCGGAUGUGCAAGAAGCGGUGGAGGACUGCUUAACUGAGGCAACAACGCCCACCUCAUUUGAAUCCACCACCCAAACACAAACGAGCACGGUGGAGCUGGACGAAUCUGUUUCACAGGAGGAGGUUUCUCCAUCACAAGAAACAAGUGACGCAGAGGAAGUUAUCCCACCGGAAGCCGAAGUUAGUCCCACCGAGGCGGCGGCUGAUCCGCCUCAGCCCAAAGAGGAGAGAGACUCUGACAAGAGAGACGAGGCUGAAGGCCACACAGACUCGAGCAGCCAGUCGGUGGACGAACUGCUGGCUGAUUGGCGGGAAGACUUGGAGGCUUUCCAGCAGAUGGAGAAGGAUGAGCUCUGACAGUCGUCGGGCGGCCGCACCCUGUGACUGAAGGACCUCCUGAAGGGAGUGCAUCGUCACCCCAGCCUCAGUCUGAUGAACUCUAAGUAACUGUGUCUUCUCUUGCCCUCUGUGGACGGUACCUUGUGCCAAGGCAGCGCACUCUCUGUAAUUCUGGACCAUAACAAAGUUCUUUUUAGCCUGGUAGAUGAUGGAUGAGAGACCAGGGUUCUUACCUCACCUUAUCAUGCAGUUGCUGUUAAAUCUGUCAUAACAAAACCUAGUGAAUGACAUGGAUCAGUCUGUGUCCAAAUUACUUCUCACAUCGAUUGCCUCUAUGCAUUUCUGACUCCCUUUGCUCAAAUGAAUGCUGGUCCAACAACUGUGCUCUUGACUAAUUCAUCCAUCGACCAAUUAUAUUUUAACGUGAUGAUUAAUUGUUUCAUUAACCGUUCUCAUGGCCUUUGGCCUAAUCAUUUGUAUUAAUGUGAGUUGAUUCAUGUGGGAAUCUGUGGCAUCAAAUCAGCUGCAGGAGGUUUCUUUCAUGGCUUUAUGGCAGACAAACUCAACACCAAAUCUCUCUCACUGGAGCAGCAUAAAGUCAUCUGUCGGUGUAAAUAUGUAUUUGUCGAGAUGUGGCGAUCGAAACGAUGUAGUGCUGUUCGCUCAGGUUCUGGUUCUUCUCAACCAACAAACUCUGGACCACACGCGGUGUAGCAGACACACCCUCAGCAGCACGGUGGGAUGGUUUACACGCCCACGGGCUGCCACAGGGGGUCGCUAUGUGAUCUGUCUGUCAUGCUGUUCCUGCUGGCUGACUGGAAACAGCAGGAAUAAGACAAUAUAUGAACAUGGUGAAAUUAAAUAAAAAUCAAGAGUGUGAAAUGAGGAA